UUGUCGGUAGGAUUCAAAAAUAAACUUAUUUACCAAAUCAAUUUCUUCUUAAUUGAAAUAAUAAAUAAAAAGUUAAAAUGUUAGCUAAUGAUAUAUCUAUGAAUGUAAUGAUGCUUAUAUCAAUUGUAAUUGUGUUUUUCUUGAAUCAAAUAACUAUAAGUACUGGCAAUACUUUUUUUUGUCAAAAUAAUCAACAAUGUACGUUUCUUGAAUAUUGUCCAGAUAUAGCGAUGCGUAUGAAAAGGAAUGAAUUUCCAAUAUACAGAUUUCGUCAAUCGAUAUGCGAUUAUUCAGGAUUAAGACCAAAAGUGUGUUGCGAUACAAUUAGUUAUCCUGUUAAUCCAACAUUAUAUGAAGAAAACAUAAGAUCACUGUUAGAAUCAAGAUCGUAUUACAAAUGUGGUAAAAGUCUUAUUAAAAAUAACAUUGAUAAUUUUGGAUCUUACCCUUUUCUAGCUAGAAUUGGUUUCAUAAGUAAGUACACUGUUAAUCAUUUGAAAUACCAUGAAUUGAAAAUUUCAAUUUCAAUGUUAUUUCUUUUGAUGGUAGAUUUGCAAACAGGACACAUCAAAUAUCCUUGUAGUGGUACAAUUAUAAGUGAAAGAGCAAUAGUAACUACAGCUUCCUGUGCUCUUGCUAAUUCUCAAAUCUACAAAUUGUAUGUUGUAACUAUUGGAGAAUUUAACACCGAAACAGAUCCUGAUUGUAAUUCCUUACUUUGUGGUUAUAAAGUUAGACAUUAUAAUAUAUCCUAUAUAAUAAAACAUCCGAAUUAUUGUGCUGACAAUUUUGAAAAUAAUAUAGCAUUAAUUCGUUUAGAAAGACCUAUUCAUUUUGAAGUAACAGCACAACCUGUUUGUCUAUUACCCAAAGAAAUUUAUAUUAGAACAGGUUCAAAUACUGUAUUGAUUGGUUGGGGUAGAUUAUCGGAUCAAAAAGAUAUGUUAAAUAUACAACAAGAAUUAAAAAUGGUAUUGUUACCUAAACAAAACUGCUUAGAUUUUAUAAAUGAAGGAUACUCGGUAGAAUUGUGUGCUAGCGGAGAAACAGAACCUUGUUCAGCUUACAAUGGAAGUCCCCUAUUGUACAAAUAUAGUGAUACUUAUUUUUUGGUAGGAAUUCUAUCCUAUGGCUCCAACUGUGAUGACAAAUCAAAUUUACCAGUGGUUUUUGUGGAUGUAAAAAAAUAUACGAGAUGGCUUUUAGAAAAUCUUUAAAUAUUUUAUAUGUAUAUAAA